CUUAGCAUCGACACGACUCAAAGUGCAGAGUGCUGUCUUUUUUGGCAUACCUUUUUCGGUUGGUUCUUUUUUGUUUUGUUUCUUAAAACAAAUGAGUUUAGCUCUAGAAUAUGCAGACAACUGUAUCUUUAGGAGCACAUUAACCCUUGGGUAUCAGUCUUAUUUUUUACGAAGUAUAUCAAAGAUUACUAUAAAAAGCAUGUGACUACUAAAUAUAAAUAACUUAAUAUGUAAACAUCGAAUUUAUGAACAAGUUAAAAAGGCUGAAAAAAACUUGACAUUUUAGGUAUUCCUUAGCAAGUUAUGUUUUUAUGUCAGAAUGCAAAUUUUACCAAAUUCACGAACAAGUGUUACAAGAUUUCAUACCUUGGUUAAAUACUAUUUCUAUUUGAUGUCUUGUUUAAUAAUCGAAAAAGAAACCAUUAUACAGCCAACCUCAGUACCAAGUCAGAAUCUCUGCUGUUAACUUUUUUUCGUAUAUGUUAAUGCUCUAGGUGAUUUCCGUAUGGAUAGGUAAGUAGUUAUGUGGGAUUCUUCAUUUACAAUUUUCUUUAAGAUAAGGUAUUCAUUGCAAUGAACUAAAAAUUCUUACGUCAAGCAAAUGUCUAAAUAAAACUCUGACUGAUUAGUAGAAUUCUACGGUUUAAGCCCGACAACACGAUGACUAUUAUGAGCAAUAUGUUGCAUUCGUCAACAACAGUAGAUAGUUACCGGUUCUUGCGAGAUUAGUUGUGUCAUUCUAAUAUGGAAAUGUGCCAUAUGUAGGUCUAUCAAGAAUUACUUAUACAGCUGAAUAUGACUUUGGAACGGUUCAGACGUUUCAGUCAGAUUCCUCUACCAUUAUUCAGUAACAUCGAGGGAGUGCAGUUUCUUUUUUAUCCUAAAAUAAUUUGAUAUAUCUUUCUCUUGCCGGUCUCGACGAGCUCUUCUUUUCUAAUCCCAAUCUCCGCUAAUAUGAUUUCCGGGAUUCUCCGUUAAGCCAUUUUGGGCUGGACAGUUGGUGUAUCAAAAAGAAAUAUAUCUUGGGAUAAUGUCAACGUAAUGCAGAUUCUUUAUACCAAGAAAUUCAUCAUGCUGUGGUCCGGCAAGCUGAAGUGGUCCGUGACUGGUGUGUUUCCUUCCAGUCUGAUGGAGAGGCGCUGACUUUUCAGUCCUUUCCCAGGAUGAGACAGUUUACGAGCUGGACUAAAUUUGUGCAUCUGCAUAUGGAAUGGGUAAAAGAAAAUUUGAAAGCACAAUGGUCUUUUUAUUUGUUCCCAAGGGCUUUUCGCCGCCAACACAGCAUUUAAGUUACUUGUACAUCCUGUGCACAUAAUGAAAGUUGAGUUGCGCAGGUAUAUGGGAAAGGCAACUGUACGUUAUCUACCGUGAAAAUACUGACAAAGCAGACUGAUUUCUUGCGUAAAAAGCCCUGUGUUCUAUAGAUCUAGUAAUGUGGAUUUUACACCCGUACGCAAUAGAAUAGCAGGUUAAUGACCAAAAAAAAUGAGCAGCAGGCAAAUGUUUUAAUGACAAUAUUUGUCCCAGGAGUAUUAUGACUGAGGGCAGAAUAAAUCAAAUGGAGCCGCGGUUUAGCCUUGAGCAGUUCGACCUACUGACACGUCUAAUGUCCAUUGGUGAGAGACUUCAGCAAACGGGCCUGCAUUGGGACAACAUGUUUCAAGCCCUCUACACCAUGCAGCAAAGUCUUUAUCUAAGGGACAAACUGCCCGUUUUACGAACCGGACCACAGUUGGUAUUCACAUAUGAGCAACUAAUCCUGCUGACCCGUCAGUUGUCAAUUCAUCAGAGUCUUAUGGAGACUGGGCUGUCAGAAUGCAGCAUCUUACACAUCAUAUGCAGCAUGCAGGAGAACAGAAACACCGAUAUCGACGGUGACUAUCUUAAAGCCCAAAAUAAGAAACAUCAUGAAAAUCUAUUGACAGUGGUUACAUCAGAGGAGAAGGAAGAUGCUGAAAACCCGGUCUUUGGUAAAACUGCAGAGGAUGAUUUGACGAAACAGGUGGACAGGAUGAUGAAGAAAAAUAUCACAGAUAAGAUGGAACUAAAUGCAGAAAUUAAGGCAUUUCUCGUAACAAAUGACGUCUGUCAAGAAGCAGUGGCGGCAGAUAUCGGCACCAGCCAAAGCUCUUUUUCAAAGUUCCUUAAUCAUGGACGUGGCCUGAACAGUGGAAAGAGAAGAGCUCUCUAUACCUGGUACCUGGAACAGAAGCAAACCAAACAAGCAUUGCCUGUUCAAGUUAAGGAAGAGCUUUAACAACUCUUACUUUGACAAGAUGAUUUGAGGGCGUUGGCGUGGCGUAACUGGUAGAGCGUUCGGCUCGGAAUCGAAAGGUUCCGAGUUUGAUUCCCACCAUGCCCCGACGUUGUGCCCUAGGGCAAGGCACUUUACACGACUUUCCCUUACAGUGGAGUGACGCCCACCGAGCCUCUUCGGCUAAUCUGUCUAACAGUGAGUUGAGCUCUGUGUCAACCUGGCUCUCAAAAUGGAAACCGGAGGCUAAUAUAGACAAGUGCAAAGUUAUGUUUAUUACGUCCCGGCCUUACCAAACGUGACCAAAAGAUUCUGGAAUCUGUCCAGUUUCAAACCACCAGGAUUAUCAGUUGCCACUUCGGACUACCGUAUCCUUCAUACGAACGUCUUUACUCCGAACUAUCCCUACCGUCACUACAGUACCGACGCAUGUUCCAGACUUCAGUAACUAUGUACAAACUGUUGAAUGGACGCUGCACCCCCCACCUGCAAAGUCUGCUUCUUCAAGCACGGGCUUCUGCCAUCGACUUCCGUUAUCCCCUAAGAAACAGUGAACAUUUGACUACUCCUGCAUACAAGACUACACGAUCCCAGAGAACAUUUGUCAGCAGAGCAAUUUCCCUCUGGAACUCUCUCCCCAGUAGUACCCGUACAGCCAGCACCAUCAGUUCCUUCAAAAAUAGACUGCGCACGUCGUUUGACAACUCUGUAAACGCUUGAUAAGAUAUAUCAUAGUUUCCUAAUAGUAAUUGUAUUACUGAUAAUAGCUAUUGAUGGCAACAACUACUGUUCUUACUGAACGAUCUGCAGUGUAGUACGUAUACAUUAUAGCGUUUAAACGUGUUAAUCGCUGACUAACUAGCCUUAUAUAGAUAACCAAGUAAUAUUAUUCAUAUCAUAGACUGACAUUCUAGAUCGUGCGACUGCUAGUCAAGCUGUAAACACGGAUCGCCUCUGUUGUCAAAGUUACCUGUAUCGUUAAUACUGUUGUAUAUUGUAUACUAUUGUAUAACGUAUUUUGUAUUGUUACUAGGGCUAGCCCUUGAUAAUAGCCUCCGGUUAGUUGGGUAGCCCUGGAUGUUUUUCUUAUGACUAUACAGCCGAAUAUUAUAUUAUAUUAUAUAUUAUAUUGUUGGCAAAAACUUCGCGAAAAAAAAAAAAAUUAGUUUGUGAUUUUUCGUGUUUCCAUAGCAACGGGUUUCUGACAGGCUUUUCUCCCCAAAUUUACUCAAUUCAGUUUGAAUUAUGGGAUGUCAUGGUUUUAUUGCUAGAUCAAACUUGUUUAUUUAUAUUAUUAACAUCCUGUGUAAUUUUAAGUUACAUUUCGAAUCAAAUAUUCAUAAUUUAUGCUAA